CAAGCAAGGAGCCUUCUCCCAUAAAGAGCCAUCGCUUCUCCUCGUCUCUUCUCGGGGGACAACACAGACCAGGCCAAUCUCCCUUGUGUUUACAACCAACCCUUUUCGCAACUCUUUGCCUCCCCAGCCAACGCAACACGCAAUCAUGCCUCCCAAGUCGGACCGUCGUCGUUCUGAUCAGCCAACAGCUGCUGUUGGCGGUUCCACUGUGUAUGUGGAACGUAUGCCCACUUUGGCCGAGGUCUAUCUCACAAAGAACUCCAACAAACACAUCUCCACGCACCCGGUCAAUCUUGUGCAGUACCGUGAGUACUUGGACCGCGAAUGGGGAGUUGACAAGUGGAUCCCGCCCAAGUCCUGGUUUCAGUGGGCUGGCCAGGAGAAGGCCCGCGUCUCAGACACGGACAUGUGUGACAUCCGGGCCAUGACGGUCAUUGCCCGUCAGCACCGUGAGCGGAUCCCGUCGUUGGAUAUGCUGUACAAGCAGUCGCCAUGUGGCUUCAUGCACAAGGCUGCAUCUCCAGGGGGGUCGAGCAUCCCCCAUUGGAAACCCUCCACGGCACAUGCCGCCCUCAAGUUGAUGAGGGAGUACUUUGCCCAGCCACCGGUGGUCCAGAUCAUUACACCUCCCAGGUCGGCUCGCAGAGGCACCGCUUCCCAGAAUGCCGGAACUCCUGCCAACUCCCCCAUCUCCCCCACGGACUCUACCCAGAAUUCAAUCAGCCUCUCCAACGAUGCAGUCAACGCAGGCGUCGGAUCUAGCCAGGUCGAACGUGUCAGCCUCACCGCACAGGAGAAGACGCUCCAACAGCUCAGGAACCCAAACCAUGUCCUCGACGUCGACGUCAUUGCCUUUAUCCAAACUCGCAUCCAAGAUCUCGCACCAAGCAACGCAAACGUGGUUCACCCCGAGUACUUCAAAGCCCUCCGUGCUCCGAAGCCUUACAAGCCAUGGGCCACGGCGACACUCGACAAUUUGGUCAAGGAAAUCAAAGAGAGCAAGGUUUCCUUUUCCGCCGUCUACCAUUCUUGGGGCCAUGGGCAUUGGACGCUGCUCAAAAUCAUGCCCAACGAGAAAGCCGAAACCUUGACCUUUUGUCACUAUGACCCGGCGCCUGCCCAUCAAUCGCUUACACGAGCCGACAGUCUGAAAGACUUCCUUCGAUCCUGGACGAAAAACAACUUCAGAGGGUGGAAGUAUGCAUGGAAGACAGUGGCCGGUCCUCGCAACGAAAAUGGUAUGCUCAGCGGAGUCCUCGCCAUGCUUGCAUUGAAGCAUUGGCUGUCCCCCGAAGACUACCUCCCAGAUUCAUGGGAUUGCCCAAACACCCGAGCCUAUCUCAAAGACAGCCUCCUCCUCUCCGAAGACCCACGAACUCCCUGUUCGGACAGUGACAGCCCGCAAAGUGACGACAGUGGUGUCUUUUGCAACCGUACGGACCGUCCCAAGGAGUCACGCCAUGUUCCCCCAUGGGAGGCCGCAGCGCUGCCGUCGCCGUCAUCUAUCAACCAGGACAUGGAGGAAUCCUCCGGUACGAAGCGGGCGAGAUCGCAUACGCUCGCCCCUCAGCCGGAAGCAGAGGAGAUUCAACCACCCAGCAAGAAGGUCUGUCAACGCACGCUUAACAAAUCCAACAUGAAAGAUCUUUCAGCACUUGUCCCUGUCCUCGAGAAGUUCAAGCAGGUGGCCAGCAGCCCGGACCUCCAUGCCACGGCCACGGACACACUCGCGACGGUGGAUGAUCUGGAGGGGCGUAUCAAGAGGUCGGACAAUGUGGUGAAGAAGCAGGAGGAGAGUCACAAAGAGGCGCUGCGAGACCGUCAUGUCGCAGAGGCCGGUGAAGCUGCGCUUGACGUGCUUCUCCAGAAUUAUCUCGGAGCAGAGCGCCCAGGAAUCCCUUCCAAAAUUGACGCAAUAUACAGAGAUACAGUCGUCGCAGUCACCGACGAAGCUAUCGUCGCCGUUGAAUCCAUGCUGAUCAAGUGGAUUCAAGGGAAGCAGAAGGCCGCCCAAGACGCCAAGGAAGCGAUGCACCGGGCUGAGGUCAAAAUGGCAAAGGCGGAAAGCGAGAUGGCUGAAAACGGCAAAAAACUUGAGGAGAAGACCACAGACAUGACGGUGAUUGCGCAGUGCAUGGUUCUGAAGGAUCCAGCUAUCGAUUUCAGCCGGGCACUUGCCGCUGGGUUGGGCGUGGACAGAUCUAGUGCUCGAGGAGCGUUGAUGGGAAUGGGACUUGGCAGAAAGCGAUGAUCAGAUUGAUACAAAUGGCUCAAGGACAAUGCGGGGAAGAGAGGGAUAUUCGGAACUCAGAUUGUUUAGUGUGGUGAGAUUGACGACUAUUUUAUAUGAGUGUUUUUUUGAUCGCUUGAUCGGCUUGCAAUGGCACUUGUUCAAGCGUGGCGCUCUCGUAGUUUUUUACCUAGGUGAAGAAAGGGGAAAACCAGGUAAAAUCCCGGGAGCACAUGACGCGGUGACGAUGUGGCAU